AUGAACAUGUUCACGGCGCGGGUUGACCUAGAGACCUUGGAGGAGAUCGCCGAGGGGUGCUCCGUCUCCGUACACGCCAUCGAGGACGUCUGCGAGUGCACCGCCCUUCAAAUGGGGACCAUGACCGAAUCCAUGAUGCAUCUCAACCGGUACAAGCACUCUGCCGUCUUCUCCAUCGCCCCGUCGGUUGACUUGGAGCGCCUGGCUUCUGCGUUGGAGGAGCUGGUGUCCCUGAACCCGAUCCUCCGUACCAGGAUCGUCGACACCAGCCGCCGGGGGCUUCUGCAAGUCGUCCUGCGAGAGCGGCACGAGGUAAUCUAUUCCUCGCUGCCACUCGGCGAGUUUCUUGAGGGACAAAAGAAUCGUUCGAUGGGACUGGGCACUCCUCUGCUCCAUAGCGCCUUUGUCGGUGGUGGUGGUGGUGGUGGGAAACUGGUUCUCACCACGCACCACGCCAUUCGGGACGAAACAUCCACAGUCCUCGUGCUCUCCGAUCUCGCUCGUAUUUAUCACGGCCAAGAGCCCGAACCACACGUGCCGUUUAAGGAAUUCGUCGCGUUCUGCCGCGGCAUCGAGGAACACGAAGCGCGGGCCUUCUGGGCCGACUCCUUCAAGGGUGAGAGCGCUGUUUUCCCCACGCCGAGGGCGGCGAGAACAUCCACAACUUCCCUUUCCGAGCCCUUUCAGAGACAACGCAAGGAAUUGCCCUUGCCGUCCAGUGUUCCGCUCUCCCAGCUUCCGGCAUACAUCGAGGUCGCCUGGGCGCUGACGGCGAGUGUCUACACCAACGCCCAUGCCGUCGUAUACGGGCUGGUGUUCUCGGGCCGGACACCGUCCUUCAAGUCCACGAUAGGCCCCACGGCCGCCGUCGUGCCCGUUCAGGUCCUUGUAGACCCGUCAUCAACCGUCCAGGUACUGCUCAAAGAGAGGAUGGCCGCAAGGAGGCGGCUGCUCAACCACCCGGCGCUGCAGUACGGGCUGGGCAACAUCCGCCGGGUCAGCCGCGACGCCCAAGUCGCCGCCGGCUUCCAGACCCAGCUCAACAUCAUCCCCCAAGCGCGGCCCCUCGCCGCCGAUUCGGGCGUGCUGCGGAUGGAGGAGGCCUUCGAGGUCGACGCGCAGUUCGCCCUGUCCUUGAACUGCUUUCUCCACGCCGACAGGGUCGUCUUCGAGGCCGACUUUGAUCCGGCGACGUUGCCCGCGAGCCAGAUGGGGAGGAUACUCCGGCAGUUCGUCUUCACGCUCUCGUGGCUGUUGAGAGUGCCGAGGGAGACCACGACGAUCAGACAGUUCUCGCCGCUGAACCCGGGAGAUUUGUCGGAAAUCCUGGAUUGGAAUCGAAACGUGCCGGAUUCCUCGGACGAGUGUCUGCACCACCUCUUCAAGGCUCGGGCCCGGCAGCAACCGUUGGCCCCGGCCGUGGUCGCCCCGGAUGGCACGCUGACGUACGGCGAGCUGGACGCCAUGUCCGACAGGCUGGCUCACCACCUACGUCUGCGAGGAGUCGUUCUGGAAAAGAAGGUUCCUCUGCUGUUUGGGAAGACGAUGUGGUCCAUCGUGUCAUUCCUGGGUGUGAUGAAGGCUGGAGGCGUCUGCGUCCCGAUGGAUCCGUCUCAUCCACGCCAGCGAAUACAGGACAUCAUCACGAGAUGCCAUGCAUGUUUGGUUUUAACGUCGAAACAUACGGAGGCUAUCGUCGUGGACUACAUACAAACACCCGCAGUCGAACACUUCACCGUCAGCGCGGACUCGCUCGGGGCCCUUCCCAGUCAUACAUCCUCCCUCCCCCCACAGGAAGAACAACCUUCACCGGCGAAUGCUGCGUACAUCCUCUUCACCAGCGGGAGCACCGGGAACCCCAAAGGCGUCGUCCUCGAGCAUCGAAACCUGGCUUCCACGCUCACCCACUACGGCAGGCGGGUGGGCUGGGAAGCGAACGGCGGCUGUCGCGUGCUCCAGUUCUCCUCCUUCGUGUGGGACACGCAUACCUUCGAGGUCUUUGGCACCCUGCUCUGGGGCGGUUGCGUUUGCAUGCCCUCCGAGUCUCAGCGGGCCGAUAUCGAAUCCUUCAUCUGCGACAAGGCCGUUGAAUGGGUCAUCCUGACGCCCACCGUCCUCCGGACGCUCGACGCGCAUGCGCCCCAGGUGGCCACGGUGAGGACAGUCGUGUCGUGUGGCGAGCCCGUAGACGUCUCCGCGGUGCGCGACUGGAGUAGCAGCCCUUCCCGCCGCUUCAUCAACGAGUACGGACCUUGUGAGGUCUCCGGGCGCUGUACUCUGACGGAACUCACCAUACAUUCGCCCUUCCUCGAGAGUAUUGGCAAGCCCGUGGACUGUGCCGUGUGGAUCGUGUCGCUGCAAGACCCGACACAACUGGCCUCUAUCGGCACGAUGGGUGAGAUAAUCGUCCAAGGGCCCGGCGUCGCUCGGGGGUAUCUUGAUGAUGAAGCCCUCACGACAGCUUCCUUUGUCUCCCGACCCUCAUGGCUUCCUCCAGAUCAGCCACGUAGUGGCAGGGCUUGUCGCUUCUAUCGCACCGGCGAUACGGCACGAUACAACGCAGACGGGAGCAUGACAUUUACGGGAAGACGAGACGGGCAAGUCAAGAUUCGAGGCCAGCGGUUCGAGCUCGGAGAAGUGGAACGGGCACUCGUCCGCUCGGCGGGCGUUCGCGAGGCCGUCGCCUGCGUCCAGCCAUGGCGUGAUAGUGGCAACAUUCUCACUGCUGUGCUGUCUCUGGACGAUGCAGAUUCAGAACUCGAGGGCGGCACAGGAGAACAGCCACUGAGGCAGGUCUCCGUGCCUACGGGAUAUGAUCUCUCCCGGCGCCUUAGGGGUAUCAGGGACGACGUGGCUGCCCUCCUCCCCUCUUACAUGGUCCCUGAGGCCUGCUUGGUAGUGCCAGGCAUGCCCUUGACGACGUCGGGGAAACUCGAUCGCGCAUCGGUCAUCGCCUGGGUCCAGUCGCAAGACAUGGAGGCGGCACGAGCUGCCUUCCAGCCUGCGUCCGCCGACGACGUGUUGACGGCACCAGCGUCUGACCGCGAGAAGCUGUUGCAGUCGGUCUGGGCUUCCGUGCUGGACAUACCCGAGCAGGGGAUCGGACGUGAAAGCAACUUCCUGGCCCUCGGGGGAGACAGCAUCGCCGCCAUGCGAGCAGCCAAUCUUCUCCGCAAACGCGGUCUUGUUGUGCCCCUACAGGCCCUGGUCCAAAGUUCCAACCUCGCUGCGACGACGAAUCAUUGUGAGGCCGUCACGGAGUUGCCCAGGCCAGCCGCCGCCCCUCUUCAACCCGAUGACACUCCCACGGUCCAAGAUCUUCGGGUUGAAGGGUUUUCCAGUACCGAUAUCGAAGCCGUUGCUGAGGCAACAGACGCACAGGCGUCGAUGGUUGCGCUGGGAGAGUUGGACCCCCAUGCGUUGGUAUUGAAAACCGGCUUGAUGUUCGAGCCAGGCGUGGACAGGACCCGGAUCGAGCACGCGUGCCGACAGGUCUUGCAGCACCACGGGGUCCUGCGGACGGUUUUCGUUCAGAGGGGACCUAAGCUUUAUCAGGUUGUUCUGAAGCACCCGAGAAACUCGCAGAUUCAGCCAGAUGACGACGACCGGUCGAAUUGUCAGCACGACGAUAUCUUGCCACGGUUCUACGUCGCCUCCGACAGCCAACACUCCUCAUGCUACCGCCUCCGCCUCGAGAUCCACCACGCCCUGUACGAUGCCGUAUCCCUGGGCCUGGUUUGGAAAGACAUCGCAGCUGCGUAUGCCGGGCGGAAGCUCUCUGACGGAACGUCGUUUCUUGAAUGGGCCGGCCGGCUCGCCCGGCUGGAUCACUCGCGAGCAAAGCGGUUCUGGAGAGAGGCGCUGCAGGGUUCUCGCCUGACGUACUUGGUACCGCCGCGCCAGGCUCCCGGGACGAUCAAGCAGGUCACGCUCCGGGUUUCUCUCCGAUCGCUAGAGGUGCCCGGCGUGACGACCGCAAACCUCUUCGCGGCCGCCUGGGCCUUGGUGAUGGGUCGAGAGGCCGGCACGCAGGACGUCGUCUUUGCCGAAAUCCUCGCCAACCGCUACAGCCCGUCGGUCGACGUGGACCAGGAACACGUCCUUGGGCCGUGCAUGAACACCAACCCCGUGAGGGCUCGGUUCGACUCGAGCAUGACAUUCAUCGCGGUGGCUACCCGGCUGCAGGAGCAGUCCCUUGCUGCCGCCCCGUUUGCCUACCUCGGUUACCGGACGAUUCAAAAAGACUGCACCGAUUGGCCUUUGGACAGCCUUUUUGGGUCCGUAGUCAACUUCCAGAGCCCCAGAGCUGUAGGGAACGAGGACUUCGACCUGGGAGACUCGGCCACGGCUCGGGUCAUGCCGCCGGCCGCCAGUCCCCCGUCGAGCUCGUCCGCCUUGUGGACGAUCGCGCGUCCAGCUGAUGGUGAACUCGUAGUCAUAUUCAACUUCUCGAGCGCUGCCUUCGACGAGGCAAAAGUAAGAGGGUUUGCGGAAGAGGUCAGGGAGUUGUUGGAAACCAAGCCGACCGACAUCAGUCCAUGGACGUCCGAGGCACGUAACGGCUCCCCAAGCCCGGUUCCUGAGAGACCAGUGCCGGCGGUCUCUUCCUCCACACCGCCUAACGCGAGACAGAACCUUUUAGACGAGGCUCCUGAAGAAGUACGUCUUGUGGCCCUGGAAGCAUGGAGAGCAGUUGGCCUGGAAAUAAAGGAGGAUAAUGCGCCUCUUUUUGCAUGUGGGGGUGACACUGUUACGGCGUUGUUGUUAUCCCUGCAAUACCGUCAACAAGGUUACGAUCUUAGCAUUAGAGACGUGUUAACACAUCCGUCACGAAAAGCCCAGGCUCAAUUCCUGUGUCACAAGUGUCAGAAUGGAGGUUUGAAAGGCGACCUAGCGAAGGGCACUGGGCUGACUAGAAAGGCCUAG